CGUAGAUCACAAAAAUGCCACUGCAUCAACUUUUCGUAUAAAUGAAACCCUGCAUCUGCAACUCCUUGAUAUUUCAUUUCAGGUUGGAACGUUUCAAAGAAAGCUGAAUUAUAAACAAACGCAGAUAGUGAUCAGUAAUUAAUCCAUAGUCGACCAACACAAUGACCGACCUCAAGCUUCGACUGGGGUUGGGAGAGAGUGGCAGUAGUACUGCAAAACUCAAGCACCUGAAUUUUGUGAGGGCCAUGGUGAUUCAGAUGCUGACGUUCUGGUGGAAUGUAUACAACUCCACCAAGCUCAAGUCUGGUCCUUUGCAACCAAUUUGGGGCGCGAUCGAGAUUAUCAUCACCACAAUCUUUGGUCCAAUCUAUCACUUGGUUAUGGAAAUUCCCGACGAUAUCCUUGUUUUUCUGGACAUGAAGUUGGAGGGUCACAUUUACAUGUUUCACAAGUAUGCACCGGAAUUUCUACAGAAUAUUGUCGGCAAAAUCCAUGAUCUCAAUGUGAAGGCCUUAGAGGUGCUACAGAAAUUUAUCGGCAAUAUUCACACACUGGGGCUACACGGCGCAUUUAUCAGCGCCUUAUCGGAUAUAAAGAAGUUCUUCAUCGGCGAGGUAUGGGCUUUCUUGCAGUGGCUACGCAAGCAACCGAUCAUCCAUUCGCUCGAAGUACAUCUGUGGCCCUAUCUUUUGCCCUUGCUUGUGGACUUUGGUGAGAGCUACAAUAGUUUUGUCAAGUUUAUGAGUAGCAAGGGCUUUCCAAUUUUCAGACACUUGCCAUUAGUUCCUGUGGAAUUGUUAAAGGUUGCGUUGGAGUUACAAAGAGCAGCCCAUGCACUAAACCCGUUUGAUAAGGAUAAAAAUCUCCCUGCUCCUUCACUGCCUGUUCCUUCACUGCCUGCUCCUACACUGCCCGUUCCUUCACUGCCUGCUCCUACACUGCCUGUUCCUUCACUGCCUUCUCCUUCACUGCCAGUUCCUUCACUGCCCUCUCCUUCGCUGCCUUCAUUCAAUCUUCCAACACUGCCUAUUCCACAGCUGCCUAACCCGCUCGAUCAACAGAAGCAAAAAGAAGGUCUUCCUCCACUGCCUGUUCCAAACCUGCCUAAUCCGCUCGAUCACCAGAAGAAGAAAGAAAGUUCUCUCCUGAACCCGCUUGAGGCACUCAAGGAAAAAGAUAACCCUGCGUUUAUUUAAGGAUGUUGAAGGAGUGGAGUGUUCCUCAAAACUGGUUUGCCACUCUUGCAGAGCCUACUACGAAAGCAAUCUAAUCGUAUUUUAUAUUUUUGUUUUGUUUUUCUUUUCUUGUGUGUAAGUUGAAUAUCUGGACGGCUAGUGACUAUGUAAAUGAUUUCUGUGCACUUAACUCUUUCGGGUAUCUAAGUCGUGAAUUGUUA